AUGGUUGCUUCUCGGCGCGCAGACUUGUUCCGCAGUACCUCAGGACGCGACGAGCAGCAAUACCGAUACUUGGACCUGGAGAACGGAAAUGGUCAGCCACACGUACCGCACCCACGACAGCGUUUUCGCGAUGCUGUUGACGCCACAGUGUCCAAGCAGCAUGCAAUCGAUCUGAAGAAGCAACUCCUGGAAGAUGUUGACCACAACGCGCUUGAAAAGUUCCGGAAAAGCGAUGAAGAUCUGAAGAAGAUCAAUAGCAAAAAGCUCCGGAAAUUCUACGAGGACCAGAAUACGCGAUUGGACGACUGGCUUGAAGUAGAUUCCAUCGUCUCAACGCUUGCCGAUGAUGUAUUGGACAGUAUGGGACCGCGUGACUUGGACCACGACGGUGUUGCAGAGGACCGCGGUCCUCUGGGUGCAAGCGAUGAUCGCGUCGAGUGUUUCCUUCCUGACGAUGAGCGGGAGCGAAGACGAAAGUCUGCCAGUCACGUCAAAUGGGCUAUCAACAUCAACGUUGUUGUCAACAUCCUGCUUCUCGCCGCCAAAUGUAUUGCAGCCAUCUGGUCGAACUCCCUCUCCUUGAUAGCCUCGCUCGUCGACUCAGCCCUCGACCUCCUCUGCACACUCAUCAUUUGGUCCACCAACAAGCUCGUCGGCUGGAAACUAGACCACCUCCGAAAGAAAUUCCCUGUCGGCCGGCGCCGCCUCGAACCCAUCGGCAUCCUCGUUUUCUCCAUCAUAAUGAUCGUCUCCUUCCUCCAAAUCUUGCAAGAAAGUGUCCAAAAGCUGCUCCCAAGUGGCGAGCACAAAACCGCAGAACUCCCACCCGCAGCCAUUGGUGCUAUGGUCGCCACCAUCGUUGUCAAAGGCACGAUAUGGAUUGGCUGCGCGCGGAUCAAAACAACGCAAGUCCAAGCCCUUGCCCAGGACUGUAAAACAGAUGUCUACUUUAAUACGCUCUCCCUCGCUUUCCCGCUCAUCGGAUCCCAGCUAGACGUCUGGUGGCUCGAUCCCGUCGGCGCAACCAUACUCUCCCUCUUCAUCAUCUACGACUGGGCCGGUACCAUGCUCGAAAAUGUAACACGCCUAUCUGGAGAAGCCGCCGACGACCGCACUGCGAGAAAGAUGAUGUUCAUGGCGUGGCGCUUUGCCCCGCUCGUGCAGGGCUAUAAGAGCAUCAAGUGCUACCAUGCAGGCGAUGGUGUGUGGGUUGAGAUGGACGUUUUAAUGGAUCCCAAGGCGCCGUUGAAGAGGUGUCAUGAUAUCGCGGAGACGUUACAGUACUGUGCCGAGGGACUGAAAGAGGUGGAUCGCGCAUUUGUAACGAUGGAUUAUACGUCCCAGGGACCGGCGGGACACGCAGCAGAGAACGAGUGA